UGCUGCAAAGAAAAGGGGGAAUUAAUCUGUUUCGGUCGGUCAAAAUGUGCACUCGGUUGGCGGCGGCAGUCGAAAUUUGGUCUCCUUUCGUUUGAUAAAGCAAGUGCCACAGUUGUUUCCAUUUGUUUCAAGAAGUGGGAACAAAAACGCAACAGCAAAAUUAACGGCGCUCUUAUACAAAAUAAUAUUCUAUAUACGGUCAGAAAAAGUGUAUAAUAAUAAAUGCAUCGGGAAAUUCUAACAACGAGUGUUACAGCAACAUUCCAAACAAGAAGCAAAGGAAGCCGGUUAAAAUAAUAAAAGAUUACAAGAGUGUUACUGUGUGCAUCAUGGAAUAGAUCGGUUUGGAAAGCUGUUUCAGUGAUAAUUGCAGUGGUUCCUUGGAAGGCAAUAAAAAAGUGUAUUCAAAAAUAAGAGAAGUGGCAAAAAGAAGCGUGUAAUGUUUUCUUUAAUGUAUAUGGUGCAAUACAAAUGUGAAGCCUUUUUAAUUGUAUGGCUAUUCCGUCAAUGAUCUGUUACUGUAAGAUGGGUCUAGAGAAAAUGUCUUGAAUGGAUCAUGUUAGUUACAGUGCUUCAGUUGACAAGUGAAACUAAGCGAGCGUCUUUUCUGGUACUUUUUAUCGAGAUGUUGUCUCGAAAACUUUGACAUGGAAUGUUGAAAGUAACAGACGUUCAAUAAAUGCUUCAAUCUCUUGAGUGCGGAUGAGAGAAAUUCCACGACUAUGUGAAACACAAGAAUAAUGAGUUAAGUGCUAACUUCUUCGUUAGGUUUUAAAUGCAUCGUCAAAAUUGAACUUUCGGAACUAAGAUAUUGUUUCCUUAGAACCUUUAGUUUGAUUAUGUUAUGUGCAAUCGUAAAUAUGUGAUAAAAUUACAAAACAACGUCCGGUCAAUAGUAAAACAAACGAUGCCGAAUUAUGUUCAAUUCUUCAAUUAUGUUGUACUAUGAAUGUGUGUGAUGUUGUAUCGUGCUUCAAAUUGUUCGAUGGUGUGCAAAUAGUGCAAAAACGUGCAGAUAGAAUAAAAUUAUAGUUUUAGAGUGUGUUUGUGCAAAAUUGUGGUAAUUAGCGCAGCUGAAAAUUAAAACAAAAUCGGAAAAAAGUGAACAAAAUUGCCUUGGAAAUAAAAGGAAAAUGUAAACAUGUUUGGCUUCAGCAAUGAAAAACAACAAUCGUGUUGGAAACGAUAAGAAAUUGAUAAAAUUACGAAACAAAAGAUUUAAUUGCUAUGAAACCCCUUUGCAAAAAAUAACUGUAACGCUGCAAACUUAAAUUGAAUCUACGAAGUUUUGGCAAUAGUUCAAUUAUGAUCGAAAAUAUCGUACAGUUUAAAGUUUAUGAAUGAGCACUACCUGGAGAGCAAAAUGCGGCAUUCAGAUAAUAAGGUGACGUGUAAAGGGUGUAGAAUACAAACCAUCAACAGCAAUGCUACGGAUCAAACAUUCAAGUGAAAAAAGGCUUUUAAUGAUUUUUAUAAGACCAGAAACAAGUGAUAAGGCAAGGGAGAGGUCUCUGUCAUCGUCCAUCGUGAACAACAUAGUUCAAGGGAUCUGAAAACAAAUACGCCAAAAAAGUUUGCGAUCAAUCUGGCAUGGAAUGAAAAAUCCCACUGCGUCAGACAAAGUCGACGAGUUUGCAUUCAAAAUAAUACCAUAAAUGACAGUUUUGACAUCUACACACAGCAGAUAAAAAGAGUACAACCAAACUGGAAACGAUAGGCUUCUAAACAGCAAAAUUAUGAAAGAAUCAUUUGAAAUCAUGCCUGACCAAGAACACUACAGCCUUCGGUGGAACAAUCACCAAAAUCAUAUACUCCGUGCAUUUGACACGUUACUGCAAACAAAGACGCUCGUUGAUGUAACAUUGGUUUGUGCAGAAACAAGUAUUCGCGCUCAUAAGGUAGUGCUGUCAGCUUGCUCCCCAUUUUUUCAGCGCGUUUUUUCGGAUACCCCCUGUAAACAUCCUGUAAUUGUGUUAAAAGACUUCCGUGGAUGGGUGGUACAGGCAAUAGUAGAUUUUAUGUACCGUGGUGAAAUCAGUGUUCCUCAGGAACGGCUAUCGGUACUAAUACAGGCCGGAGAAUCACUGCAAGUACGUGGACUGGUGGACCAUCCAGUAGCAGCCAACACCCCAACACCAGCCGAAUCACCUGAAGACUUUAGCUUGCUGGAAGGCUCUCUUAUAUCGCCUACGUCGCCAUCUCUACCCUCUCCUAAUUUUCAAACAAAUCAUCAAUCGGGACAACUUCGACACCACUCAACGACUCCCAGCAGUUUGAUAUCCGGGAACGCAUCAAAACUUUUGCUACCGCCGCAAGUGUUUGCUGAUCCUUCGAUCAACCUCCCCAGUGCACCCGUUGAUACGUGCACUUCUCCAAUGCCGCGACGUAAACAAGCGCGUCCAAGAAGACGCUCUGGCGACUGUGGACCGCAGGACCUGAGCAGUAAACCCUCAACACCUGUCCCACAAACUUUGGACGACGACGAGACUGAACGCGAUCUGCUUGAUGAACGUCCAGACGAUGAGGAUGAUCUAGAAGAUUUGGAAGACGAUGAUGACGAAGACCUUAAGCGCAUCUUGCACCGUAGCCAAUCAGUCGAUGAAAAACUGGCGGCACUAGUGGCAAAUGAAAAUUUACGAACACACUCUUCCAAUAGCUUGACAACAACUCCGACAACGACGAAUCCAACGAGCAACGAUGAACGACGAUCGCGCUCGUUACACAAAUUAAGUCCUCGCAAAACACCUUCAGCCAAUAGUAGUGCGGAACUCCUGAGGGAUGCCGAUCUCGAAACUGACCCGGUGGCAGUAUCGUCUGCGUCUCCACCAGUAUCUGAUGGACCGGAGAAUUUAUGCAUGAAAAAAUCCUCUUCCAGUAGUUCAUGUUUAAUUACAAAUAGUUCGAGCGGAGGUAGUGAGCAGCACGAGCGAUUAGGGCCAAUCGACGCUUCGGAUAACAACACAACCAACGCUGAAACGAGUGAUCGAGCAGCCAUUCGAGAUGGUACAGCACGCAUGUCGGAUGGGAGCAAAGAAUCCUCUUCUCUUUCUGAUGGCAUCAGUGGACAAUUGAGUAAUCGAGGACUUCUUUCCUUGAAGGAUAUACGGCAUCUGAACCGCGCGGCUUUAAACCGCUCCCUUGGAUCAAUCUCCCCUCCACCUUCUUUCUCGUCGUUAAGCAACAACCUACAUCCGGCUCUGAGUCUUAUGCAUCACCAUCACCAUCAUCAUCAUCAUCAUGGAGAAUCGAAACGUGUGAAACUCGAAGAUCGUGAGGAUGAGCGCUCGCUGCUGCACGACGACAUGAUGGAACCGCCACACUUUUUGGAUCAUAUGGAUCUAGCACUCAGUACACAUCAACAUCCACUAGCACACCACCUUGCCCACCAACAUCACCUACGCAAUUCUUCCCCUCAUGUAAGACCCCCAAUGGUCGACGCUGGCAUUGACAAUAACGGCAGCAACAAGCAGAAUAAUAGUGGUAUCCUCAGCAAUAACAAUAACGAUAGCGCCGGCACUAACAAUCACAACAGUAUCCUGAACCAGCUCCACAGUAACCCAAAUAACAAGCACCAUCAUCAGUCUGGUGGCCGACCUGGAACUCCCAAGCAUCCAUCCAGUAUAGCAACCAACAACAACAAUGCCAACAACAGCUCCUCCAGCAACAGUAGCAACAAUAACGGAGGCAGUAACAGUACCGGUAGCAACAACAAUCUUCACCAUGGUCAUCACCCCCAUCAUCAUCCACACAAUGGUCCAAAAGGAUCUGCUGGAGGGCCGAAAGACUUUCUCCACAGUCCCACCCUUAACUUUCCACCCUUCUUCAAUCAUGCCGAAGGACCACCGAGACCGACCCAUUCGCCACUUCCAUUCCCGCAUAUGCCGUCGGUGUCCUCCCUGACGCUCACUCCACCUCACAUGUUUGGUCUAGAUUCACCGCUAGGACUGUUUCCGCCAGGAAUGGAUCCUGGCAAAAUAUACAGCCCAUUAAUGGAAAUGUCUGAUCCUAGGGGAUUGCAUCAUGAAGGACCUCCGUUCCUCAAGAAGAAAAGUAAGUUGAAUCGACCAAAGGGACAACACUCCGCACCCCGAGGUGGACCACCCCGAUCUUGGACUAACGCAGAGCUCACCGAAGCACUGCAACAUGUGUGGAACAAGAAAAUGACUACGAGUCAGGCGUCGCGUAUCUUUGGCAUUCCUUACAAUUCUCUGCUUAUGUACGUGAGGGGCAAGUACGGCAAAAGCUUGAAGUUGGAACAGCUUCGAAAAGACUGCAUCAGUGGGCCACCGAUUGAAUUACUCCAGAUGGGUGUUAGUAAUAGCAACAAGGACAAAAACAAGGAAAGCAAAGAUUCCGACCUGCGUCACAGUCACCAUUCAGGCAGCGGGGCAGGACGGGAAGGCAACAAUGGCCCCAACGGUGGGGGGCACGGCGGAAAUGGUGGUGGAGGGCCACGAUCGGCAUCAUCCGAGCCCGAUCUCUUGUCCAGCCCAAAUCCAUUGUUUAACCCUUUCCCCGGUGGCUUCUAUCCGGAUUUCCCGGGCGGAUUUCCAGGGCUUCCGCUGAGCAUGCUGAACCUUCUGCCACCAGAACGACACCCAGCACACACGCUGCCGAUGUCCGUCGAUGAGGACUGUAAAAGUGACCGGUCGAAACAAUCGCUGGACGAUGAUUUUCCUCAACCGCUAGCCCUAAAUCGACCUUCAUCGGAGCAGCUGGCGGACAGUCGCCGGGAGAUAUACCAGCAGAAUGGGCAGGACUAAUAUUUAAGAUUCGUUAGCUCACUCCACUCGCAAACCCACGUCUAAUGAGCCCCUGAUCUCACAAGGCUUGGUGGAAUGGAAAACAGGCUAGCCGUUGCAUCCAACACGAAGGAUAGUUGUUGUCACCUUAGCUAAAUUAACUGUAUUUAUGUUUCACCUAUUGCUUCUGCAAAUCGGAAAAAACAUACCCUCUUGCGCGCGCAAUGUUGUGUUUUGUAUUAUCAUUUACGGAGUGAUAGUCCAUAGAGAAGAAAUACGUUUGCAAAAUCAAACAAUCGAGCAGCAAUGUACUUUAAGAUGUGCUGAGAUGACGAGUCAUGUGUGCUUACAAAGAAAUAGGAUGAUUUUUGAUAACAGUCCACCAUGCAUGCAUGCUUAAGAUGCACGGCAAAAUGGCAUCGCUUCAAGUAGCUCUGGUUGGUCUAUGUUCAGUGCAAGCAAUAUCGUUUGGAUUUAAUUAGUAAAAUUGGUUGUCUUAUUUAGUGCAACUGCAAAACAAAAGUUACUGCAAUAUCCGUGUGUAUUCGGGUGCGAUUUACGUGGCAAUAUCUGAACGAUGUAACUGAACAUAAUGCCUACGUAGUCGGCUAAAAUCUAAGACUGGUCAUUUGCAAUGAAACGUAAGGGGGUGCAAAGAUGAUGGGACGAACAGCAUAUAAGUUUUUUGUAAACAUAAAACAUAAACUACACGUACAAUUUAUUUGUUGGAAGACUUACGUCUGGUUUAUUUUUAUAGCAGUAUUUUAGUUCAAUCUGUACAGCGUGUUCUGGCUAUUUGAAUGUUGUUAAUUUAUCUGUGUACUCCAUUCUGUCGCAAGAUCAUCCACAUCCGCAAGAUAAUUUAUUCGAUAACAAUAACAAUUGAGACAUUCUGUUGAGACAACGAUGCUACAUUUCAACAACACCAUCAUCCAAUUUUAUUUUUUGUAAAGCAUUUUAGUGGUGAAGAUAGACAGGCGGGGAUAGAUCGUUACUUUUUUAAACCACGUGUCAAAUGGUGCAACAGUAAAAUCCCAGAACAAACACAUAGGACAGUGCAACGACUGCUGUGUUAUCGCAAUGAGGUUGUUGUACAUCAAAUAGAGAAAAUACGUGCUUCCUGAACAGUAAUCUUAAGUUUUGAGUAAGUUUUAAUCAAAGAAACAAUAGAACCAACCAUACUACGAUAACGAGCAGAAAUCGCACAUAAGUAAUGCAUAAUGGCAACAACGCAACACCAGCCCAGACAGCAUCGCUGUCAUGCAUAUGUUGCGAUGCUCUCAUUUAUAUUUUAUGCUAAUGUGGAAGCAGAUUAAAAAAUUAUUCAUAUUUUUAUUAUUUAUACAUCAAGCUACUAGUUAAGUGAAUAAGUUAUGAAAGGUCGGACGCAAUUAUGAAUGCAAUUUAUUUGGUACAAUACCUUAUUUUCCGGGGUGUAUUUUUGUAUCUACAUACGUUUAUUGAUUCCUGUUUUGAUUCUAUAUUGUUUUGUUGCAAAUACGUGAUGCUAAAUAGAAAAACAUUGCUUCCUGAUUUCUUUCUGAUUCCUAUUAAGUUAUAACGAUCUUUAAUAUUAUUUAAUUUUAUGUUAUAUCCAGUAGACGAAAGCAAUCGAGAGUAAAUACAUCGAAACAAUGCGUAACUUCAAAGAAGGGCUAAGCAAACCAGAUGAACAAUACAGUAUUAAUAAAUCAGAUAUUAUUAAAAUAGUGAA